AUGGCAGCGCAGUGGAAGAGUUUCUUUAUUGUUCUCACUGAUAAUGCAGUGGUCAGUACGGUCUCGGCCCGAGUCUGUACCCUGAUGAUUGAUCUAGGCUCACGCAGUUGCGGCCAGCGCAUGGGGAGAUUUGUCCUGCCACCGGGCGAUCCUUGCACCUGUACAGGGGUCAGACUGGGCGGUCAUUACCACCGCUACGCACCUGAGAUGCAGGGACAGGAUCCACCGUUGUAUAUGGACAUGCUGCCGGAGGUGACUGCUGAGGUCAUCGGCCGUUGGUUCAACUGCACCGCGAGCAAACCGGUGGAGUCGACUCUCGGAGUCACUGAAACCGCCCCAGAGUUGACUUCUAAAGUUGCCCCGGGGUCGACACCUGUCGCAUCGACUCCUACCGAUACGACACCAGUUGUCAGCACCACCCCUGAGCCGUCGAUGCCGCCUGCAGAUUGUCAAGUGAUCUUAGAUGCCGGUCAGAAUUCUAGCGGUGUGUAUACCAUCCAGCACGCACGCCAAAUUAUGCAGGUCUACUGCCGCAUGGAGCCGGAGUCGGGGAAAGGAUACAUAGUGUUUCAGAGACGUCUGGACGGCACGGUGAGCUUCAACCGAACCUGGCAGGAGUAUGCCGAGGGAUUCGGGAAUCUGACCGGAGAGUUUUGGCUCGGCAACCAGAAGCUGCAUAGUCUGACUGGUAACGGGAGUUGGGAGCUGGUCAUCACUCUGAGGGCGUUCGAUGGGGACGAGGCCCGUGUUCGUUAUCAGAAUUUCGAAAUACACUCGCACAGUUACUGGCUUGACGUCAGUGGCUUCAAUGAUGAGAGUGGAGAUGCAGAAUGCGGUAUAAGUCUCGGGAUGGAAAACGGAAGCAUCCCCGAUUCCGCUAUCUCGGCAUCAAGCAGGUACACGGACGGGGACUCCUCUCGCAGCACAGAUAACUGCCAAGCGAGUCACGGCCGGCUGAACUACCUGGGCACCAGCGGUGGAAUCACUGGGGGCUGGUGCCCAUGUUCGAAACCCGACUCGUGGUUGCAGGUGGAUUUGGGAUGGCGGCUGCAGGUGGAAGGAGUCAUCAUCCAAGGCAGCUUUGACCCCCUGGAGACCUGGUCUGAGUGGGUAACAGAGUACCAGGUUCAGUACAGUGAUGACCAAUCCAAUUGGCAGUAUGUGAUACAGUCAACAGGGACUAGUCCACAGACAUUCCCAGGCAACAUAGAUCAAACCACCCCGGUCACCAGCAUGUUUGACCAGCCGAUCCGAGCUCGCUUUAUCCGCAUCAGGCCGACUGCAUACAACCGUUGGCCGUCAAUGCGUAUGGAACUCAUCGGCUGCAAAAUUACAGGUGAUUCACUCGGGCGUCAUAGUUCUGGAAACUUCUCAUCUCCAGACAAAGACCAUGACCAGACCGACGGUGAAAAAUGCGCUGAGAAAUUUCAGGGAGGCUGGUGGUACAAGAGUUGCGAUAGCGCCAUCAGCGACUACUUAACUAGCAAUCUGAACGGCGUGUACUACAACAACGCAACAGUCGAUGAUUACAUGGGGAUACAGUGGGUCACUUGGAAGGGUAAACAGGUCUCUCUUAAAUGGUCCGAAAUGAUGACACGACGCAGACCGUAACCGGUGAUGGGAAGAAUCUGUCAUUUUGAAAGACAACGAUUAAAUUUGGGGUAUGGGGGGGGGGGGCGCCAGGCCUUACUUUGGAGUAUUGUUGAUCGAGAAAUGCACUUAAAAUUCAACUUUUCUCGGCAAGAGCAAAAAUGACAUAAAGUCUAAAUCGUCAGGUGCGUGGAAGAAAGUCGUUACUAGGCAGAACAUGGGUCAAAAUGUCGAUUUCGGAUUUUGGGGGUAAUCAAUAGAGCAUGGAAAUAUCUUUCACUUGAUAUAGGCCUACAUUUUGUCUCAAAGGGCUACGUCAUACUGACGUAAUUAACAAUAACAGUUGCAGUUAAAAAGAAUACAAUGGUUACAAAUGAAAAGUCAGCGGAGGGGAAGCGAAAGUUUCUCAUUUCGGUAGUGACACCACGAAGUAGCACUCAUAUAUACCAGUAAAAACUAGCUAUUGGAGAAAACGGCAUCUAAAGUUGAACGCCUUCACCCUUUUGGAACAGUUGUGGGUCAGAAAAACAUGUAAUGUAUUCUAAUCAGUAACCAAAUGGUAUUUGAUGUUGUGAGCAACAGUAGUGAUAUCACUUUAAUAUACAUUGUGUUUAAUGUUUAACUGUAUAUUCAAGUAUCUAUUUAUUAAUAGGGUAAUUAUUUUACAUUAUACGGGAUCCGACUCAGUAAAGCCAGUCACGUGAGAAAUCACAAGAGCUACUUCCAAAGGGCAACAAGCCCUUUGAAUCAUCUUGCACAAUAAUGAUUUGGAAAUGUCAAUGUGGCCAAUGUUUCAAUUCACUAAAAAUGUUAAACUGGGUGAUCUAUAAACAAAUACACAUACUUUCAUAUCAUAAACGUGGGUUCUGCUGAAUCUGGUGUGUAAAAAUAUUGAUUAAGAAAAUAUUUUAGUUUGUUGCAAUUUGGUGAAUGUUUUGGAUAUUGUGAAUAAUAGUACUGUUGGAAAUUGUACUGCAUAAUGGACAGCGUGUUUAAUUUUCCUAGUAACUUUUACUGUCAAUGUGAACAAAUCCAUUAAAAACAGUCUGAAGUUGCCAGUGGUAAUUCUGAGUUAUAGGCACGUAAUUAAACAUACUAUUUUACAUCAUCACUGAGAUGUUGUUGUAUAUAAAAAUGUAGUGCUGCGCGUUCGCAUUUAUAGUGGAAAAGUAAAAAUGAGUGAAUUACUGUCAAAAAAAUUCUUGUUUUUUAAGGUUUUGGUCACAUUGUACGUAUUCUGAAUUGUCAAUACAUCAAUGGACGUUAGAACUAUGAUACUUUGUAGAAAUAAUCUACAGAAUUUCGCAAACGGGCAACAGAUUUUUUUUUUAAGUCGCGUCUGGAUUAGGGCGACACGCCUUAUUGGGGCGACAAUUAGGUGUCACCCUAUUGUUAUACCCUUAGGGCAAGGAAUUCUAGAUUGAUUCCUCGUGGUCCAAUUAGUAAAAAAUACAGAAUUUCGUGGAGAAAGGAUAAGGUACACUUGGGUUGGGUGACAGUUUAGGUUUGUGCACAAGUCUAUGGGAGGUCGCCCUAUUAUAGCAUUAGUAGAAAUUAUUAUAUUAAAUGUUACUUGUUAUUAUGUUGGUGGUUAUUACAAAAAUUACAGACAGCGUGUUUGAUAUAUUCAUAGCAUAAUAUAUUCCAUUUACAUUUUAUAUGUUUGGAACAAAACAAAUGAGUUUCCAAAGCUCAUUUUGAGUUUCAAAUUGUGACGGAUGUUUUACUCUCAUUAUUAUGACAAGUAUGUCGAGUUGUGAAAAGCCUAGCUACACUUUGCCGGUUCUUUUACAUACG